GACACAAUUUUUGACGUUUCGUUUUAUGGCGCCUUCUUGUUAAAGAAUUGCGCCGAUUUACAUGCUUUUCCGGCACGAAAAUCGGAUGUUUUGUAUUGUUUUUUCAGUUUGUUAUGCAAAAUGGCGAAUAUAAACUUGGAUAAAGAAGCGUUCCACAGACGAUUGAAGCGGCUGUACAACGCCUGGAACGAUCCCGAGGGCGAAAAUGGCUUUUCGAAGAUGGAUGCACUGGUAGCGGCCGUUGGAAAGGACGACGAGAUUGUUUACAGCAAGUCCGGAGCCCUACACACAUGGCUCCUCGGUUACGAGCUCACAGACACCAUCGUCGUGCUCACGGAAAACAAAAUACACUUCCUGGCUAGUAAAAAGAAAAUUGACUUUCUUCGGCAAGGCGAGACCAAAGAUGAGAGUCAAGUUCAACUCAAUUUAAUCGUUAGAGAUAAGGACAAAGACAGCGAGAACUUCAAAACACUGAUAUCAGCUAUUAAACAGAGCAAAAAAGGUAAAUCUGUCGGGCAUUUUCCUAAGGAUAACUAUGCUGGAGCUCUAAUGGAUAGCUGGAAAGGUGCUUUGAAGAAGGAAGGAUUUGAAAUGAUCGAUGCCAGUGCUUCUGUAGCAUAUUUGAUGGCCCCCAAAGAGGAUUCUGAGAUAGUAACUAUCAAAAAAGCAUGUCUAGUUAGUGUAGAUGUUUUCACAAAGUAUUUAAAAGAUCAAAUAAUGGAAAUUAUCGAUUCAGAGAAAAAAGUUAGGCACAGUAAACUAGCCGAAGGUGUUGAAUCAGCCAUUCAGGAUAAGAAAUACGUAUCAGGAGUAGAUGUAAAUCAGGUUGAUAUGUGUUACCCUGCUAUAAUCCAGUCAGGAGGUGUGUACAGCCUGAAAUUCAGUGCAGUAAGUGACAAAAAUAACCUGCACUUUGGGGCUAUAAUUUGUUCUUUGGGUGUAAGGUACAAGUUGUAUUGUUCAAACAUUGUAAGGACUUUGAUGGUCAAUCCUACAGAUGAGAUACAGGCAAAUUAUAACUUUUUACUGCAGUUAGAAGAAGAAUUAUUAAAAAAACUGCAAGCUGGUGUAAAACUGUCACAAGUUUACGAAACUGGUUUGGAAUAUGUUAAGAAAGAAAAACCAAAUUUGGUUGAUAGUCUUACCAAGAACUUCGGAUUUGCUAUGGGGAUUGAGUUUAAAGAAAGUUCCUUAAUGAUUGGUCCUAAAACCAUGAGUAAAAUCAAAAAAGGAAUGGUUUUUAACUUGAACGUUGGUUUCAGUAAUUUAACAAACAAAGAAGCCAGCGAUAAAGAAGGUAAAACUUAUGCUCUUUUUAUUGGAGACACUGUGAUGGUUAACGAAGGCCAACCAGCAUCAGUUUUAACAAUUAGUAAAAAGAAAAUUAAAAACGUUGGAAUUUUCUUGAAAGAAGACUCAGAUGAAGAAGAGAAUGACGAAGAAAAAGAAAACACUCCAAAACCUGAGGCUUUGUCAGGUAGAGCAAGAAGAACAGCAGUGUUAGAAUCAAAAUUACGUACUGAACAUACUUCCGAGGAAAAAAGGAAAGAACAUCAAAGGGAGUUAGCAGCUCAGUUAAAUGAGAAAGCUAAAGAAAGGUUGGCGAAGCAAGGAGGUGCAAAAGAUGUAGAAAAAGUUAGGAAAAAUACUGUAUCAUAUAAGAAUGUUAAUCAGAUGCCCAGAGUGCCAGAAAUCAAAGAGAUGAAGAUUUAUGUUGAUCAGAAAUAUGAAACUGUAAUUUUGCCAGUUUAUGGUGUGGCUGUACCAUUUCAUAUAUCAACAAUUAAAAAUAUUUCACAGUCGGUUGAAGGAGAUUACACGUAUUUGCGUGUGAAUUUUUUCCAUCCCGGUUCUACCAUGGGAAAGGACGGUAAUUUCCAGCAACCUGAAGCUACCUUUGUAAAGGAGGUAACUUACCGUAGCACAAACACUAAGGAACCUGGUGAAAUAUCCCCACCUUCAUCUAACUUGAAUACAGCAUUUCGAUUGAUUAAAGAGGUACAAAGAAAGUUCAAAACCAGAGAGGCUGAAGAAAAAGAGAAGGAAGAUUUAGUGAAACAGGAUAGUUUGGUACUCUCUCAAAAUAAAGGUAACCCUAAACUAAAGGACUUGUAUAUCAGACCGAAUAUUGUGUCAAAGCGUAUGACUGGAAGCCUGGAAGCUCACACUAAUGGGUUUAGGUAUACUUCAGUAAGAGGUGAUAAAGUUGACAUACUUUAUAAUAAUAUUAAGAAUGCAUUCUUUCAACCUUGCGAUGGUGAGAUGAUUAUAUUGUUGCAUUUUCACCUGAAGCAUGCGAUAAUGUUUGGUAAGAAGAAGCAUAUCGAUGUGCAGUUCUAUACUGAGGUGGGUGAGAUCACUACGGAUUUGGGGAAGCACCAGCAUAUGCACGAUAGAGAUGAUUUGGCCGCUGAACAAUCGGAGAGGGAGUUGAGGCAUAAAUUGAAGACUGCUUUUAAGAGUUUCUGCGAGAAGGUCGAGUCCAUGACAAAACAAGAAAUCGAAUUCGACACUCCGUUUAGGGAGCUGGGAUUCCCAGGAGCUCCGUUCCGUUCAACAGUAUUACUCCAGCCCACUUCCGGUUGUCUGGUCACUCUGACAGAAUGGCCGCCGUUCGUGAUCACUCUGGAAGACGUGGAAUUGGUUCAUUUCGAAAGAGUUCAAUUCCAUCUGAAGAAUUUCGAUAUGGUGUUUGUGUUCAAGGAUUAUCACAGGAAAAUUGCGAUGGUGAACGCCAUUCCCAUGAACAUGCUGGAUCACGUGAAGGAGUGGCUCAAUUCGUGCGAUAUAAGAUAUUCUGAGGGUGUACAGUCUCUAAAUUGGGCGAAAAUUAUGAAAACCAUUACGGAUGAUCCAGAGGGCUUCUUUGAAAGCGGAGGUUGGACCUUCUUGGAUCCAGAAUCAGAUGAAGAACAAGUGGCAGAAGAAGAGACAGACGAUGAAGACGAAGCAUAUAGACCGUCCGAUUUGGAGUCAGUUUCUGAGGAGAGUGAUGAAGACUCCGAGUACUCAGAAGGAGACACGGAAGAAAGCGACAGUGCUUCGCUAGACGACGAAUUAGGGUCAGAUGAAGAAUCUGGCAAGGACUGGUCCGACUUAGAAAGAGAAGCAGCGGAAGAAGAUAGAGAACGAACAUACGAGGACUUUGAUGACAGAAAAGGAGGCAGCAAAGGAAGCAAAUUCCCCUCGAAGGACAAGCACAAAUCGUCCAGCAAACAUUCCAGCUCCAGCUCGAAGCACAACAGCAGCCACAAGAGCGGUUCGAGCAGUAGACAUUCGUCUUCGAAGCAUAACAGCAGCAGCAGCAGUAGAGAUAAAGAUCGCAGCAAAGAUAAGAGCAAAGACCGACACUCUUCGUCCAGCAGUUCCAAACAUAAAUCAUCUUCUUCUUCGAGAGACAAAGACAGACACAGUUCAUCGUCCAAAGAUAAAAGGAGUUCGUCCUCUCCACAUAAAAAACGCAGCAGAGAAGACGACGAUGACAAACAUCGUUCGAAGAAAUCAAGAAAAUAAACAAACAAACAACAAAUACACAAAGAAGAAAAAAAAC